UCCGUCUUGCAUUACAAAUCAAAAUGGCGACAGAUAAGAGGAAGAGUGAUUGUUGCUAUCCCUCGUGGCUCAAAGGUGGAGAGGUUGACAGUCGGGCCCUGAAGAGAGAGGCUGAGAUAUGCUUUAGGUUAAUAAAAUCAGAGGUUGUUUCUAAGCAGAAGGAAGGUUUAGGCAACCUUCACGACCUCAUCACUCUCUCCUGGUCACUGGAGGACACUAGGCUAGCUCGGGAUGCUGCUGACCUCAUUUGUGAUUUAACAAGAACUUCAAACACUUUAGAGCGUAUGCUCUCUCUUGCUGUCUCUUCGGAUGAGAAGGAAAGCAAAGAAGAUGAAGACUUGAGAUUAAAAUCAUUAACUGCCAUAGAGCAGAUAAUGGUAGCUGAGAACCGCCAGUACAUUGCUAAUCAUCAUCUCUUUCCUUCGCUAGUCAGUUUUGCUUCUCUCUCCACGUCUCUGGAGCGUAUGCGUUGUGGAACGGGUAUUUAUGAGAACCUGUUUAAAGUAUCUCCUCCUGUGUCUUUACAGCUAAUAGAAUCUGGUGGCCUUCAAACUGUGAUGCUUUGUUGUAGAGAGAAUGACAGUUCAGUCAUUCAACAUUGUGCUGCUGCACUAGCCAACUGUGCUCUUUAUGGCUCUCCUAAAGUUCAUCGUGAAAUGUUAUCAAAGUCAGCUGAUCACUGGCUGUUCCCCCUAGCCUUUUCUCGGGACUCUGCUGUCAAGUAUUACGCUCUCAUUGCUAUCUGUCUCCUGGCAGCUGAUCAAGAACUCCUCCCUCUGGUGAAGAGGAGUGGUACUCUGGAGCUGGUCAUUCCGUUCCUGAGGUUACAGGAUCCUCUAGAGUUCCCUAAAACGUGUCCUAAUCACGCUCAUGGCCGUACAGCCAGUUGGUUAGAGAGGGUGACACCACUCCUGACAUGUUCAUCAGAAGAGGCCCAGUCGUUAGCUGCCUUUCACUUUGCCAUGGAAGCUUGCAUUAAGCAAAAGCAAAACAGACUAAAGGUUAGUUAUUUAAUAUUUUAUUUCUCUUUCUUCCUGUGUACACUGUUGUCCUUUUGAUGUCUUGAGGUGCCAGAUAUUAUCACCAUU